CACAGCGGCUCAAAGGUUGAUGCUAUGCGCCGAUUGAUUCAGCAAACACACCGAUUUGACCCGUGAAUUACCGUUAAACACCUCAAAUAGCAAACUAACGCGGCUACAAUAUUCAUCACAUAAGAAGAGCUUGUACUCAAAGUUAGUGUCAUGUCAAAUAGAACAGUCUUUAAACUAAUAUAAUUUUCAGUGUUAUAGGACGUGAUACUUAACAGAAUUAUGAGUCUCCAGGAAAAAUCCCCUCUCAUAAAUGAAGGAACCACUGCAAUAAAGGGUUUGACCAUUGUGACUGCGGGGGUAUUCAUUGUGGGUGAGAUGGCGGGUAGUGGUGUACUAGCUCUGCCGAAGGCUGUGGCAGACACGGGUUGGAUUGGCAUAGUCCUGAUCAUCGUGUGCGCAAUGGCAUCAUGUUAUACUGCUAUCAUCCUUGGUCGAUGUUGGAUGAUCAUACAGAACAGAUUUCCCCGCUACAAGGAACAUGUUCGUUACCCCUAUCCAGCUAUUGGUUAUGAAGCAUUUGGCAAUUCAGGAAAGCAUCUAGUAACGUUUUGUGUGAAUUUUACGUUGUUUGGUGUUAGUACAGUAUUCCUACUAAUUGCUUCGGAAAAUAUCCAGUCACUAAUUAGCCAUAGUUUAUCAUUCUGUGCCUGGCUUCCUGUCAUUGCUGCGAUUCUUUGCCCAUUCACCUGGCUUGGAACUCCAAAAGAUUUUUGGGCAAUUGCUGUAGGUGCCAUGUCAGCAACAGUACUUGCGUGUCUAUUGAUGUUUAUUCAAAUUCUUAUGGACAUCAGCAUCAACCCCGAUCCACAUCAUUCAAAUACAUCAUUCAAGAAGUUCUUCGUCUCGUUUGGAACUAUAUUAUUUGCAUUCGGAGGACACGCUGCGUUUCCAACUAUUCAACACGAUAUGAGGAGACCUGCCGACUUCAAAUGGGGUGUGAUGUGGUCGUAUGCAGUUAUUGUGUUAAUGUACCUACCUGUGGCUGCAUCGGGAUACUUCGUAUACGGCGACAAACUGGAAACAGAUCCAAAUGGAGACAUUAUUCUGGCUAUGUUGUCACCUGGUGGUAUUGCUACCACUGUAACAGUUAUGAUAACGGCUCACUUGACAUUUGGCUAUAUUAUUGUCAUCAAUCCAUUGUGUCAGCAAGUGGAGGAAUGGUUGGGGGUAAAACAAGAGUUUGGUAUAAAGCGGUGUAUCAUCCGUUCAAUUGUGGUGGCGUGCAAUUUGUUUGUUGCUGAAACGAUUCCUCAUUUUGGCGCAAUUUUAUCACUGGUUGGAGGUUCAACUGUAGUGUUGUUAACUUUUGUAUUCCCAUCCCUCUUCUACAUUCGUCUGUUGACCAUGGAAUCAGACGAUGGCCCACAAGUAAUUGCUCUCCAUGAUCGAGUGAUUCACUACGAAAUAAUUUUGAUUGGAAUUAUUGGCGGAAUAGCAUCAACGUACUCAGCUAUUGAUGAUAUGGCGUCUGGUGCGUCAUCAUUUACUGUGCCCUGUUACGUCAACGCAAGUGCUGCACAUCUAUAAUGAAAUCUAAAAAUAUAGUUGCUUCUAAUUAGUCUGGUUUUCAUAAAACCGUUACAAGGUCGGUACGGCAUUUUCAGUGCAAUCGUUUUAAUGCGUGCUGUCCACGGCGUAAUCGGAAAGUCUCCAAGAUGCGAUCAAACAAUCAGCGUCGUCAAUGUUGUCGAUAGUUUUAUGGAAACAACGGUUAACUAGACCACCAAUUCCCUGACUCGACGGAAUAACGGCUCAAAUCACGUCUGGCAUGAUAUCUAGGGCCUACUAUUCUGAUUAAAAGCCUUUCUUUUCAAAAUAUUUGUUGUUUGAAAACAGCAUAGUGUGCCUGUGAGAACAGUAAUUGAAUGGAAAAAAAUCCCAAAGUGAUAAAGCCACCGCCGCUGAUUAUAUAUUUUAAACUUUGUUCGUUAUUCUUCAAAAGGCAAGAUGAGACGCAGGGUUACAAUAGUAAACAUAUAUGUUAUGGCCACAUCGAUUACAAUCAUGUAGAAAACAUUAAGUUAUACUAAUCAAAUCUCGCCAUAGGAUACAUUUUCCCGACUACGAACAUCCCCAUUUCAUAAACUGUGUAAUGAGACUUAGUUUUAGCAAUAGAUCUAGACUACUGUAUUUUAUAGGCCUAUUUGUAAGGCCCCUGAAUAAUAUCAGGCAACCUUCUAUGAUAAGCUGAACAGGUCACUCUCUAUAAAUACUGAUAUAUAUAUAUACAAUAGAACCGCAAAUAUACUCAUAAAACAAGAUAUAAUUAGAUGUAGAUGAAAGAGGGAUUCAGGUGUUUUAUGAUGACCCGAACAAAUAGACUGAAUAUCGUAGCACUGUACUCAGUACUAGCGCCAGGAUUUGCCAGACAAGUGGGCGUGGUCGGGCGUCGCUCGAAGUAUACAUUUUUUUAUUCUUCCGGGGGGGGGGGUCUCCCCGACGGGGGCCCUGGUCACCGGCGGGGCCCCUGGUCCCCCGCUGGCGCCAUCCCUGACUACUACAACAUAAAUGACUCAGAAUGUAUAACAGAAAAGAACUCAGGUAGCAUUCACUAGUAAUCAAGAAGACAAUCAAUAUAUUUUCGUGAUGUAUUUAUUGUUCGUAUUUGUAAGUGCUUAUCUUGCAACAAAAGUUGAUGUGGUGCCAUGCAUGGGUAUUGUCUACAGCACAGAAUGCGACAACAGUAAAAUACCUUGUAUCGGCAAAAAUGUACAUAAAUAAAAAUCUUAAUAUUACACAUGAAACCCAACAAAUAAAUGAAUUAACCAAUAUAUACGACGACAAAUAUGGAAAUGCGGACCAACACAAUUGGUAUGGGUAAAAAAACAGUAAUGCACGAUUUAGAAAUAAAAAAGGUAAAUUUAAAACAGUUUGAUUAGAAACGCCAAGAAUAAGACGAUUAAUAAUCACUUAACUAACACUGUUAAUAUUUUAUUGAGUAAAUAAGCAAACCAAUAGCACUAAUUAAUCAAAUAGCAAUUAAUCAAAUGAAUUGCUAACACUAUACGACAUACGUAGGGGUACUUCAAGCACACCUGCUAUUACAACGAAAUCAUAAUGAUGAUGUAAGCCUAAUGCUUAAUUGGUCAAAAUGCACAAAAUGCCAUAGAGAAUCAUAAUAGCCAUAUGCACGGCUCACAGC